CGCGGCGCUCCCCAGCAGCAUGCUCUAUUUCCAGAUGGUGAUCAUGGCAGGGACGGUGAUGCUGGCGUACUACUUCGAAUACACCGACACGUUCACCGUGAACGUGCAGGGCUUCUUCUGCCACGACAGCGCCUACCGCAAGCCCUACCCGGGCCCGGAGGACAGCAGCGCCGUGCCCCCGGUGCUGCUCUACUCGCUGGCCGCCGGAGUCCCGGUGCUCGUGAUAAUCGUUGGAGAGACUGCUGUGUUUUGCCUACAACUAGCCACAAGGGAUUUUGAAAACCAGGAAAAAACUAUAUUAACUGGAGAUUGUUGCUAUAUAAACCCACUGGUGCGCCGAACUGUCCGAUUCCUUGGAAUUUAUACAUUUGGACUAUUCGCUACCGAUAUCUUUGUAAAUGCUGGACAAGUGGUUACAGGAAAUCUGGCCCCGCAUUUUCUUGCCCUAUGUAAGCCCAACUAUACCGCACUGGGCUGUCAGCAGUACACACAGUUCAUCAGUGGGGAGGAGGCUUGUACCGGAAACCCAGAUCUCAUUAUGAGAGCCAGGAAAACAUUUCCAUCCAAAGAAGCAGCUCUCAGUGUCUAUGCAGCCAUGUAUCUGACGAUGUACAUCACCAAUACCAUCAAAGCCAAAGGAACCAGACUUGCUAAGCCAGUUCUCUGCCUGGGACUAAUGUGCUUGGCCUUUCUUACCGGACUCAACAGAGUAGCCGAAUAUCGAAACCACUGGUCAGAUGUGAUUGCAGGCUUUCUCGUUGGCAUAUCCAUAGCAGUAUUUCUGGUCGUAUGUGUGGUCAAUAAUUUCAAAGGACGGCAACCUGAAAACGAGCACAUCCAUGGGGACAGUGUGGCCCAGAUGCGAAUGGUCAGCAUUCCCAGGGUGGAAAGUCCAAUGGGAAAGGUAACAUCUGUGCAGAACCACAUCACGGCCUUCGCGGAAGUCACAUGAUAUUGAAGCUGAUGGUUUUUCCCUUCAUUGGACAUCAUCUCUUUUUACCACCCAUUCCUAACACCCAAAGUUUGUUUGAUUAUAAAAGAGGUUUAUAAAGUUGUCUAAUAAUUUUUAUAAUUUUCCAAUCAGUGUCAACUGAUCUUUAUCCCCCCACUAGACUGUGAGCUCCUCGGGGGCAAGACUAUGUCUUUCUUUUCUCUGUAAUCCCAGCAUCGACCACAAAAGCCUGGCACGAAGUAGAUGAUCAAUAAACAGAGAUGACUGAAUGAACCAAUCAGUCCUUAAAUAAAAUCACUUUAGUUUCUCAGAGAAUCUGUGACUCUGUGAAAAGAAGCCUCUCCAAGAGUCAUAUUUGUAUAAGAAAACUCUAUUUUGGGGCUGGGUAAGGCUUUUUAAUUUUCAUGUAUCUAUUCAGCAGUAUAUCACAUUUAAUUUAAAGUGGACUUUGAAAGUCAUGGGGGUUUUCAUUUUAUUAUUAAGCAUGACAUCAUUUCUAUUCUAACCAGUUCCAGUGUGUGAAAUGCCUUUCCUUUUAGGAACUAUGUCUUAUACUAAAAUAAUGUUUGCACAUUAUAUUAUGCUAUAUUUCACCUAAAAUACCACUCGGACUAUCCAUUCUAAGACUGGUGCUUCUGCUUUUGAAGGGGA